AUGGCCUCUGCGCCAAGUACCCAGUCUUUGAAGUGCGUUGUGACCGGCGACGGGGCUGUAGGAAAGACUUGUCUUCUCAUAUCAUACACCACCAAUGCAUUUCCUGGAGAAUAUAUACCUACAGUUUUUGACAAUUACUCUGCAAGUGUUAUGGUCGAUGGCAAGCCUAUAAGCUUAGGGCUAUGGGACACAGCUGGACAAGAAGACUACGAUCGACUUCGGCCACUGUCAUAUCCACAGACCGACGUUUUCCUGAUAUGUUUUUCCAUCGUGAGCCCACCAUCUUUUGACAACGUCAAAGCAAAGUGGUUCCCAGAAAUUGAACACCAUGCUCCAAACGUACCCAUCAUAUUAGUCGGCACUAAGCUGGAUUUGAGGGAGGACAAGGGAACAAUGGAUGCGCUGCGCUCGAAGCGGAUGGAGGCAGUGUCGUAUGAACAAGCAUUAGCGGUGUCGAAGGAGAUCCGGGCACAUAAAUAUCUGGAAUGUUCAGCACUGACACAAAGAAACCUGAAGAGCGUAUUUGACGAGGCCAUCAGAGCUGUCUUGAAUCCCCGCCCGAUCGGGAAACCUAAGAAAGAGCGGGGAACCAAAUGCAUGAUUUUGUGA